AAUAAUAUACCGGAGAUGUUAACAUUCACUGUGCCUAGUUCUCCAGAAGAGGAGAGCUGCAAUGCAACACGUUCAUCGCCAGAUGUGGAAACGGAGCCCGUGAACGAAGACUGCGAGCAGCUGACGGCUCCUUCCGUCCUCAUUCCAAAUAUGGAAAAUAAGGUUUUGGAUCUAUCGCCAGCCUAUCGUCGUCGCUCUCUACGUUCAGCCACCCGUUCCAAUCCUGCCAAGAGCUCGGCACCACCGAAGAAAGCAGUUGCUCGUCCACGUCAGCGGAAACGUAAGGUCUACAGCAUGCCUACCUCGCCCAACUCAAUUGGCGCACGCGUGGCCAAGCGGCCGAGGCAUUCGAAAGGCCGGACUAAGUCUCCAGUGAAGAAUUCAGAUGCGCCCCUAGCCCGUCCCGUCGAGGUGACCGAGUACUUCACCAGCAUCUCUGCCACCCUGGUCAGCCAUCGGAUCAAAAAAGCCCCUUUUCUGUACCUGCGCGGGCACAUCGAUCGCCUCGUUGGCGAGGCCCUAGCCAAGAAUAAGAUGCCGUAGGAAAGCAUUCCAGC